GAACUUCUCAUAUCAAAAUUUAUUUUUCUCCAAGUCGAACAAAAAUUCUAAAUUUCAAAAGAAACAUGAGCCCCACAAAUAAUAGUCCGAGCAAGAUAGUUCUGCUGGAAAGUAAGAGCAGGACCAAUGUUCGAUGCAUCGAGGGAGUGCAAAACUAUCUCGUUAAUGCACCGCUGCACUUGCGUCCUGAAUUCCGUGACGGCGCGCCUGUAUGCCAGUACCAUACCGUUAGGUUCGGUUUUACCGACAGCGAACAGUGGCCCCAUGCGCGCACCGUCUCCCCCGAUGUGACAUCGGAGACGGAGAAUUUCCGCCAGGCCCAUCUGCAUCGCCAGUCCCGCGGACGAGCGGGAAACCAAGAAGAUGAGUCGGCAACCAGCUUUGAAAUGAGAAAGUCCUCUCAGUGUCCUAUCCUUGCGGAGGCGCCUGUGGCCAGCGGCCGAACGGGAGGGGAACAUGUCGAGAUGGUGUAUACGAAAAGUUUGUACAGCUUCGCUGACUCCAAGAAUAUAGCACCUCCUACGUCUAUUCAGAUAAGAGACCAAUCCCUCAGCCAGCAGACUACGCUCCAUAAGGUCACGUGUGAUGACCACUACGGUAAAGUUACUAGACGCAUUGAGGAGCCGACCUCAGUCUGCUUUGCUCCACACGAUUUGCCACCGGCCAUCUCACGGCGCUUUAACUUCUCCAGACAGGGUCAGUCCGAAAAUCUGGCGGACGAAACGAUGCUCACACUCCACGAUGACUCUAUGCCGGCAUUGAGCACGCGUGUUGGUGAGCACUUCAUGUCCAGCGAGUAUCCGGAUGGGCAAGGGUCUUGUCGAAAUUGCGAUCGCAGCUUACGACGCGAUCAUUUAAAAGACGAAAGGGCGUCUUCGUUCCGUGCCGCCUGGGGUUCCACCCGCCAAUCGGGAGCUGCCAUUCUGCAUGAGCAGACAACGCCAUCACAUGCCAAUGCUACCGGCUUCUUGGUCAAGACACAGCAAGCGUGGCUCAGUGAUAACUUGGCAGACCAGAAUCUGAAAAGAAAACCUCAGGGACAGGCUCCUAGAAGCAACUUUUUGUUUGAUGAAGAAACAAUGACAUCGUUUGCUAAUAUUAUUCAAACCUCGGGCAGUUCGCAAAAGACUAUUCCGAGUUCAAACUUUGAAAGCGCCCACCGAAGAAGCCGAUCGCAAAGCCCAGCAAGCAGACGCAAUGAGUUUCAAGAGAACCCCAGUUCCCCGACACGCAAACGGAGCUUGUCCCAUGGCUCGAUUUCAAGGAGGCAGCAGAUAUUGGAGCAUUGUCAGAAUAUAAACGAUACAGGAGAGGUUUUUCCUUCUUCGAGAUGCACAAAUGGCAACGCCCGCCCGUCCGCACCGUUUCGAGGUGAAGCUGGGUCGACAAGAAGAAGAGAUUUACAGCAGCCGACUAAAAGCAAUGCAUCGGUUAACACAGUCCCUAGAACAGGCCAUGGACAUAACCAUCAUCAGAAUCAAUCAAUUCCUUCACAAAACAUAUGCGAUGAGUCCUGUUCUAAUUUCACCUGUUCCGGCGGUGAACAUUCAAGUAUGCAGAGACAAUUCAAGGCUGCAGCAGCUCAGAGGCAAUCACUACCAUCACAAAACAUAAGCGAUGAAUCAGAACCGACAAUUCAGAGACCCGGUCAUGGAACUCCAUCCAGCCAAAAGCGAUUCUUAACAUCGCAAAAUAUUGACUAUGAAUCGGAUCCGACAUUCCAGAGUACCGGUCGCGGAACGGCAUUCAAUAAAAGUCAACAUAUGGCUUCACAAAACAUAACCGAUGAAUCGAAACCGACAUUCGAAAGUACCGGUCGUGGAACUUCAUAUAGUCAGAGACAAUCCAUACCUAAUCAGAGGCCAUCGAUGACAACAGACAAUAAAUGCCAUGAAUCGUGCCCUACUUUCGAGGGUUGCGGCCAUGAUGCUGGCACUACUCAAAGGCACUACUCCAAACCUUCUCAAAACAUAAGCAAUGACCAUGCACCAAAUUUCCAGGAUACCAGUCGAGGAACCGCAUACACUCAAAGGCAAUCCAUACCUUCUCAAUAUAUAAACGAUGAAUCGGAACCGAAAUUCGAUAGUACACCUCGUGGAACUGUAUACAAUCAAAGGCAAUCCAUGCCUUCUCAAAAUACGAACGAUGAAUCUGAACCGACAUUCGACAGUACUGGUCGUGGAACUGCAUACACUCAAAGGCAAUCCAUACCUUCUCAAUAUAUAAACGAUGAAUCUGAACCGACAUUCGACAGUACCGGUCGUGAAACCGCAUACAUACUGAGGCAAUCCAUGCCUUCUCAAAAUAUAAAUGAUGAAUCGGAACCGACAUUCGAGAAGUACUGGUCGUGAAACCGCAUACAGUCAAAGACAAUCCAUGCCUUCUCAAAAUACGAACGAUGAAUCUGAACCGACAUUCGACAGUACUGGUCGUGGAACU